CACAUACCAACACAAAUUGAUUGAGGAACUGUCUGCAUUCACAACAAACGUACAUCGAACCCGGUGUUGUGAGCAUGGCUAUAUUUCGUAAUGCGCUCAGCCGAAGUCUUCCUGAACUUGAUAAUGGACCUCAAGGUCAACCGAUUCUGGUCCAGAAAAAAGAACCUGACGAAAACUGGACAGACCACACAACUAAGGGUUCUCCAACUACAAAAGUAUACAAAAGACGCUGGGUGAUUGUGAGUCUGUUUUGCCUCUACUCCAUGAGUAAUGCUUAUCAAUGGAUUCAUUUGAACAUUAUUGCCAACAUCAUCACAAAGUAUUACAACGCCAGUCUUCCAGAAGACAGAUUCCAAAGGGAGACAACCGUGGACUGGUUGUCUAUGAUUUAUAUGUUAGCCUACAUUCCACUCAUAUUCCCGUCUACUUUCUUACUCAAUAAGAAGGGACUUCGAGUUUGCGCCAUUGCUGGGGCUUUCCUGAACGCUCUUGGGGCGUGGUUGAAGGUGGCCUGCAUUUCCCCCGAUCGUUUUGCAGUGCUUAUGUUUGCUCAGACUAUUUGCGCCAUUGCGCAAAUCUUUAUUCUUGGACUUCCCGCCAAAAUUGCCGCUGUAUGGUUUGGUCCCAACGAAGUUUCAACAGCUACCUCUCUUGGAGUGUUCGGAAAUCAGGUAGGCGUUGCGAUAGGAUUUUUAGUUCCACCCAUCUUAGUUCCAAACAGCGACUCACUUAAGGACAUCGGGGACGAUCUCAGUAUCAUGUUUUAUGGUGGAGCUGGUUACAUGACCCUGCUUCUCAUCUUAGUUAUAAUAAUUUUUAAGGAGAGACCCCAACAUCCCCCGAGUAAGGCACAAAUGAUGGCCCUACAGAAUGUCCACGAAGAGCAUUAUGGGAAAUCACUGCUCAACCUUUUCAAGAAUAUUGGAUUUGACAUCCUCACAAUAACUUACGGUGUAAAUACGGGAUGUUAUUAUGCAAUUUCCACGUUACUGAAUCCAAUCAUCUUAGAUUACUUCCCGGGUCAUGAAGAGAGUGCUGGGCAGAUCGGUCUGACCAUUGUAAUAGCCGGAGUAGGCGGGUCAAUUGUAGCCGGAAUCUGGCUGGACAAAACCAGGACAUACAAGGGUACAACGUUUGGUAUCUAUUUCCUGUCAAUGGCGGGUAUGGUGGCCUUCACCUUUACCCUUGAUGUUGACAUUUUAUGGGUUGUCUUUUUAUGUGGAGGGGCAUUAGGCUUCUUUAUGACCGGGUACCUUCCCGUUGGUUUUGAAUUUGCCGCCGAAAUCACCUACCCGGAAUCGGAAGGAACGUCUUCCGGUUUACUGAAUGCUUCUGCGCAGUUCUUUGGGAUCAUUCUAACCAUUGGUUGUAGAGCAAUGAUUAACAAAGUGGGGACGUUCGGUUCAAAUCUCUUAAUAUCAGGAACACUUUUGCUAGGAACCAUAUGUACGGGAUUCAUUGCAGCUGAUUACAGACGGCAGGAAGCUGGGAAAGAGAUAUUGGAGCAGAUGGAUACUGCUUUGGAGAUAGAAAUAUCAGAGAAAGACAGUGAGAAGUCCCGAAUGACGGAAUCAAAUAACUGUGACAACCAGUUGUGAUAUCAUCAAUUGUAUUACGUGCGUUAGUCGUCUUUACGGUCUGGAUGGCUAAAGAAAGAGUAUCACGAUCUCGAUUUAUCAAGAUCUCUCAAUAUAAGCUUAAUUUUCUCAAUGUUUCCGAACGUAAAAAGGUGCUACUUGUAUUGAAAAGCAGUAUUGCAUCUGAUGACCUAUGACAGUAUUUCUUAAUUUAUACAUGUUUACACCUCUCCUAAAGUUUGGGAAGUGGUGAUAUCAUAGCCAUAGGAACUAGGGGCUCGGGGGAAGGCCUCCCCUCCCCCAAUAAUAUUGUCGAUAUAUAUAGAAUACAUGUACUUGUACCAGACCUGUUUACCCUUAUCGUUGUCUCUCAGUAUUCUUUAUAAGAUUUGUCCGUGAGAAUUGGCAUUUCCCAGUAAGAUUUCAUUUUCCAUCAAUUUUUCAUAUAUUUAAUGGAGACAACUGCUUUUCUGAUUACUAAACUAAAACAUGGUUAAAUAACAUGGUCUUUGUCAUUUCAUACCACAUCGUUUUAAACUGAAUUUGAAGUAAGCUGAACUUGGCAACCCGACAUCACUUGUGUGUUUGAAACCUCUUUUUUUAGAGAUAAAAAAGCGUGAAACUGAGGCAAAUCAUAACGAAAACUAACUGCUCAAUUCAAAACAAAUGUAUUUCCAAUUUCCGUACUUUCAUAAUAGCAAAACGUGAGACGUAAUUUGGACUAAAAAUCUGUACAAAAUACGGCGAAAUCGUAAGAGUAAACAGGUUUGUUGUACUAUAGAAAACAUAGCUUCUAUAUCGUUGUGCCCCCUCAAUAAAAAAAAGUCUUAUGACCCCCUUUUUAAUUGCAUGUCAAGGAAUUUUUGGCAGUUGAUAGAGCCCCCUAGCUCUCCCAAACUCAAAAUGUAUGGCAGUGGCCCCUGGGAUUCAUUUAGGUUUUUGGGAAACUAUCCUUUCUGAAAAAAUUGUGGAAAUCAGCUGGGGGUCUGAUUGAAUGUCAGCCUUUUUAUAACCAUUCAGUGCAUAAAACAGGGGGGGGGGGAACCCAUAUUUCACACUUUCUGAUAAUCCUGAUAAUUUUUACUUUAAAUUUCCAAUUUUUCUGAAGAAAAAAAUUGUUUGAACUUUUUAUUAUUGUUAGGGAAAUCUUUUACUCCCUAAAAGAGGAAAAAGGGAUAUUUGGGGAAAAAUACCUAAUAUCAGUAGUAAAUUUGCACAAGCACUUGUUUCAAAUA